UCUUCAUUCUUCUUCCUUCCUUCCUCCCCUUCCCUGCCACUCCUCUCACCACGCAGCAACAACAACAACAAAAACCACCACCACCCUCACCUCUUUCUUCUCUUCUGAACCGUGUUUUUUUCACACUGCAAAUCCUCACCUUUAUGUUUUCCUUGCCGUGUUUCAAUCUCACUGGAAACAAAUCCAUUAAAAUGUAGUGAGAAAAAAAAAACAAAAAAAGAGGGUUAGUUAAGUAAAUAAUUAAAUGGCUUUUCACGACCAUCUCAACCACGAAAUAGCUUUUCAGCGUUUCACGGAGGAGCAACAGUUAACUGAGAAUAGAGAUAUGCAGCAGAGGGUGCCGCCGACAUGGCUCAACAACGUUAAUAACGCUGGACAUCACCGUCAGCAGAAUUUCAUGCACUUGCAAGCGGAUCACACGACCGAGAAAAGCAUGGAUCGGAACCAGAGCGAUCAUGGAAAUUGUGAAUCCGAGGAUUUAAGGGAAUACAAAGCUGACAUUUUGGGACACCCCCUUUACGACCAGCUCUUAUCAGCUCAUGUUUCAUGUCUUAGGAUUGCCACCCCCGUUGACCAGCUUCCGAGGAUCGAUGCUCAGCUGCAACAGUCGCAGCGCGUGGUGGAAAAAUACUCUGCUCUUGGAAAUGGAGUGGUUAAUGAGAAGGAGCUUGAUCAGUUUAUGACGCAUUAUGUUCUGUUGCUGUGUGCCUUCAAGGAGCAAUUGCAACAACAUGUCCGUGUUCAUGCCAUGGAAGCUGUGAUGGCUUGUUGGGAUCUCGAGCAGUCUCUCCAAAGCUUGACAGGUGUAUCUCCUGGUGAAGGAACGGGUGCAACAAUGUCAGACGAUGAAGAUGACCAGGCAGAGAGCAAUGCCAACUUAUACGAAGGAAGCUUUGAUGGUGGUGAUAGUCUUGGCUUUGGUCCUCUUGUCCCCACUGAGACUGAAAAAUCUUUGAUGGAGAGAGUGAGGCAUGAGUUGAAGCACGAGUUAAAACAGGGUUAUAAGGAGAAGAUUGUGGACAUAAGAGAAGAAAUUCUACGAAAGAGACGAGCUGGGAAGCUACCAGGGGACACCACGUCCCUUUUGAAAGCUUGGUGGCAAUCACAUUCUAAAUGGCCCUACCCUACUGAGGAAGACAAGGCUAGAUUGGUGCAGGAAACAGGCUUGCAAUUAAAGCAGAUAAAUAACUGGUUCAUCAAUCAAAGGAAAAGGAACUGGCAUGCUAGCUCCACAUCGUCUAGUAACUCCAAAAGCAAGCGCAAGAGUGCAGGGGAAACCAGUAACCAGAGCUUCAUGUGAAUGGUCACGCAUGUUUUGAACAAAAAAAAUUAUUGGCAUUCUUCGUCAUUUUAUGCAUGCUCGUGAGAUUCAUAGAUCUUACCGUCCAGCUUGAACGUGAAAUGAUGGAAUCUGGAUGUAAAAGGGGAAUUUAUGAUAAUAUAUAUAUAUAUAUCACUGUUGAAAGAAAGUAUUGGUUUCAUUACAGAAAACCCUAGUCAUUGUUGUAUAUGAGGCUGCUGCUCGAUAUAUUGAUGCAGGCACCACAAUCUAUUCGAUUUAAUGGGUAGCAUGCUGAUACAUAUAUAUAUUUUUACUUAUUUAAAACAUUAUGGAAAAAUAAAUCUUUA